UUGCUGAAUGGUGGAUGGAUGGAUGGCUUAGCUCGUUGGCAAGUGGCAAAGCGCCAUAUGCCUGAUCGCAGGCAGUUUUAGUCGCCGACGUGAUACUGAAUGAGGCGUACGCGCGUUUUACCACCAACGAGACCGUUAUAAGAGCGUUACCAUAAAUUUUAUGCCAAGUGAAUUUGUGCUAAGUUGUGCAGCCUGAAGUAGAAAAAUCAGUUUGAAAUCGUAAUAAAAAUUAAAAAAGGCAAAAAUAAUUAAAAAAAAAAAAAUAAAAAUAAAAACCGCGCGCAUGUGUGUGUUUGCCAUUAACACUACAGUUUUUGCUUAUAAACCCACAGCGUUGGGUUGCCGCGCGGUCUAUUGUCUACCAACCUGCCAAAAACAACAACAAAAACAACAACAAAAGUGGGGUAGUAAAGUGAGCUUGAUGAUACUGGAAAUUUAAUAUUUGCUGCAACGGCAGACUUGAAUGUCACAGCGAAAAGCUGCUGAACAAUAACAGCAACAACAACAAAAAAAGCAAACAAUUUGCAGUGAAAAAGCAACAAACAUACGUGCUUCUACUAGCGGCAAUUGAAGCUGCAGCAAUGCAACAAGGCGCGUCACACUACCGCCAACACAGCCAGCAACAACAACAACAAAACUGCUAACAACAACAAUCAGCAACCACAAUAAGCUGUAAGUAGUGCCACUUGAGCAACACACUUCCGAUCAGCAGCGCCGUGCCGCGUUGUUACACCGGCUUUCGGCUUUCUUUUGUAGCCAAAACGCUUAUUAUUGCGACUGGGAACUUCUACUUGCGUCGCAUAUGGGUGUGUGUGUGCCUGCUAUGCUAGUAUAUUUGGCAUUCGCAUUUCGUGAAAGUCAAUAAUAUUUUUUUUCUGCGCGAAGAAAGAGAGAGAAAGGACAAACAAGUGGAAAAAGUUAAGUGAAUAAAUAGCUGCAACAAAAGUAGCAACAACAACAAUAAGAAAAUCAGCAGCAGCACCAAAUUGAGAAUAUGAAAAAUUCACUAAUGCAUGCGAAGUGAAUCCACAAACAAACCUUUGUGCACUUACGCGCAUGUGUGUGUGCCAAUCAACCCAGUUAAUGUAUUUUCCACUCAAAUAAAACACAAACAAAAAAAAAAUAAUAAUAAAAAAACAACAAAACAAACUUAAGUUACUUGAAAGCGUGGCGAGUAAAAAAUCAUUAAAUGCAACAACGUGUCUAUUAAGCGCCACGAAAUUGUGGUGAAAUGUUUGUGUAGCGAAUUUGAAGCGUAAAAAGUGUAGCAGCGUAGCAUUGUAAAAGAAAAGUAUGAAAAAACAGCAACAAACUAUUACAAAGUAAGAGAAACGUGAGAAAUCUGUUUACGUGUUUUUUGUUAAAAACUUAAGAAAGGUGCAACCGCAUAUACAGUUAGGUACAUAGUUACACAUUUGCUCACGAGAACGUUUGUUACUUAAACACGCUUAGCAUGGCAGCGUCAACGCGUUUAUUUUGAAGAUGUUUUCAGCCCGGCAGCAAUUUUUUGAGUAAUUGUUUUGGAAGUUACGACAACGAGAAAUACUCAACUUCAAACGGAGUGCAAUUUUCACACAAAAACGUCUGAAAAAUAUACGAGUGAAUGCUUGCCAGUAAAAGGAGCAGUGAAAAUAAAGAAAUAAACAAUAUAGAAAAAUUAAAAGUAAUGCGCAAUUUUGCUGCUGCAAUUGCAAUUUUAAUGCAAAAAAAAAAAAUGCGAUAAAACACUUCGAGUGAAAAAAAUUAAGUUUCAUUAAAAUAACGACUAAGCAAAGGGAUUACUUGCAGCGACUGCAUGACAAUAAGUGCAAUGAAGACAACAAAAGAAAAUUAUAAAGACAUCAAAUCAGGAAGUGCAUGUAGAAACGUGUAAACGCCGACAAGUGCCCAGAGACCAUUGAGUGUACACCCAGUGCCAGUAACUACUGUUAGGGAGUUACAGCGAUUAUAUUACACGCCACAAAUUGCAUAACUGCAAAUCACGCUGCAGUGAGAUCGAAAAAAAAGAAAACGAAAACAAAGAAACUGCAGACAAAAGCCAUAGAAACAAAAGCGAAGCUUUGGAAGAUCACAUUUGCUUUGGAAAAGAACAAAGUGCGCGCUGCAAAUCAGGCAAAAAGCGAGGCGAGGUGUUGCAAACGGAGCAAUAACGAAGACGGAAGAGCGAAGAAGCGGAGGAAGAUUCGCGUCUGUAUGUAUAAGUGCGCCAAGAGAACGGAGCUUGAGCGAAGAUCAACAAUAACGCGGUGAAGCGCGAAGUGAGGAAAAUAGUGCAAGACCAAGAAAAACGAGGCAAAAGCCGAAGCGCAAAAGAAGUAAUCAGCUGCGCAGUAAUCACAAGCAAUUUUUAGUAAUCACAUUUUAAGCUAUUAGAGCCAACCUACAAAGCGGCGCAACAACAAUAAUGGCAACGAAAACUGUUAUAAACACGAAUACGCCAACAACGCGUGGCAUCUCCAUACUAAUUGACCAGAAUACAGCAACAACAACACCAACAACAAUACAAAAACAACAACCACACGCAGUCAACAAUUGUCAGAAAGAAACAUUGAGACCAACAACACAUAUGACCGAAGCGGCCAAGAUCACCAUCUAUCAAAAUACAACAACAACGAAAACACAAAUGGCACCAACACCAUCAACGGCGGUAACUAGAACAGUGCUCACCAAGCUGCAGCCGCAGCCAAGUAAAUUAGUGGCAACAACAACAACAACACGUAUUGGUGUUAACGGUAUAGAUAAUAAUUACAACAACAAUAAUGAUAACCACAAUAAUGAUGAUGUUUUUGUCAAAGCAAAUAAUGAGCAAACGUUGAACGACGAUGAUGGGCGACGUCACUCGUAUCGCAUACAGAGUGGUGAGUACGAGAGUGACCAGAAAACUAGUUACGCCACAAUCAAGCAGAAAAUAACAACAUCCACGGCGGUGCCAACUUUUCCACACUUGCUGUUGAAAGUGGUGAGUGAAAGAGGAAAAGCCAAUAAUGGUCAAACCGAACGCAGCGAUGGCGGCGUUGUGAGCAACGAAGACGUGCACGAAACGAAUGGAAACGACGACGGCCGUUUAGCUAACGGUGUUGGAAGUGAUGUUGGAAAAUCGCAAGUAAAUAGAAAUGUGGCGGCCGCAGGUGUUGUUAUGGCGCACACAAAUGGUCAAAAUGAGCAGCCGAGCAGCAACAACAAUACUGUGCACACGAAACCGACAGCACAAGCGAAUGUUAAUGGUCAGCGCGGCUCGAUGAUCAUUAAGUGCAAUGGCGAUGAGCAAAAUGACAACAACAAAGCUGAUAAUCAUGCUGCUGAUGAUGAUGCACAUGAUCAGCAUGCCGAUAAUGAUGAGCGCGGCGCUAACGACGUUCAUGCCGAUCAGCAGCAUGCUGAUCAAGUUGGUUCACUUGUUGCGCCGACUGCGACGUCUAAUAUAUAUCGCGACGAAAGUUGUGUGACUAGUGCUAUUGGAAAUGGUCAAAACGCGUUUGAACAUUAUAUCUGUACGAAUGCGAUGAACGUUAGCGAACGCGAUCGCCAUGCGGCUGGCCAUAGUCUCUGCAAUACAGAUGUCCAAGAGCAGCUGGAAAGUGCAGACGUGAACGCGAAUUCGAAUGCGAUCGGCGUGAAUAGUCUACUAACGGCAACGAGAGCAGAUUGUGGAAGUGCACUGACCGAAACAGACGCAGCCACACGCAGGCGCAGUGUUGAACCAAUAACAACAAAUCAAAAAGAAACGAAUUUGAAUACGCAAUUAGAACCGAAAUUACAUGUGUUGAAGAUACAAAUAAAACCGAACGAAGUGCAUGAAAAGAAUGACAAACAAGUGUCGGUAGUGACCCUUAACGAGGCACAAGUGCAAGAUAAGCCCCAGCAACAGUACGCCCCAGCAAAAGAUCAAAUUAAAGAAUUAACACAACAAAGUGCUCCAGUGCAAAUAAUUGACUCCACUCAGGCAACACCGACGGGUGAAAGUGCGAACGAAUUAUACGCGAACGAAUACAACAAGAGCCACCACGUACAGAAAAUGGUGCAAAAGCCUGCAGCUACAACGCCUACAGCGGCCACAUUGGCAACGUCGACGACGACAUCAAUGAUUCUCAAUACGGGCGCGGUAACCGUGUCGUCGGGCGGUAAUGCUGCAACAAACUUGUUAGGCGCGAUCACAAUCGCAAACGGUAACGGCAACAGUAACGGUAACGGUAAUGCCAAUAUUAAUGGUAACGGUCACGCGAACAACACGAACGCUACGUCGAAUACAAGCAUUACCGAUUUAAAUGUCACACAUCCUUCGUAUAUGUACUAUGUUAUAUCCAGUGGUCAAUUCUCACCUUGCGACACACUAGACAGCGGCACAGGUAGCGAUCUGGAGAGUAAUGGUAAUGUAACACCCGGCGCACCAACCACACAGAACAAGUUUCUCGGCACACUCGAGAAACUCAACGCUGUCACACAGAAUGGUGUUAACGGUAGCGCACCCAAAAUGGAAUUGCACAUGAAAGCGACCAAAAUACGUCUAAAUGGCAGCGCCAAGAAGUCAGCGUUGGACUUGACAAACGGCACUACGAAGUCGCAUACGAAUGGUGACCACGCACGCGCUGGCAGUUUCACCGAUAGCGAGGAGAGUGAAUCGUCCUCGCUGAGUUGUGAUUCACUGCACUCCACCGAAUUCAUACGGCAAUCGUCGGUUUCGCCAACAGCGCACAAAUCGACGGGCAACGCCGCAUCCUUGGCUUGCGUCAAAAUGUUGGGCUCUUUUCUGCCGGACUCCUUGUUGCGCGAUAUACGCGAUCGCAAGUUUCCCACCAAUGAUUUCGAGGCGAAAUAUGGUGAUGCUGGCAGUGCUGCCAGCGCUGAUGGUGGCAGUGAUGCGGAUGGUGAGGGUGAUGUGACAACGCCUGCUACGCCAAUUGACAAAAACGAGCAGGAUUAUAUUAAUGUGGAGCAUAAGCAAUUCUUAAAGGAACGUAACGGUAAUAAUAUAACCGUUAAUAAUAGUCACAGCAAUAAACGCGCGUCGCUGCCGAAUAAAACGUUCGUUUUAAACGCGGAUAACGGUACGUUCGUUGAUACGAAAAUGAACUCGAUGCCGCGCAAAUAUGAGGCAGAUAAAUAUUACAAUUUCCAUGUGCGGGAACAUGAAAAUUUCCGUAGUUUCGACAUAACUGGCGGUCUUGGUGGUAUUAAUGGUGGUAGUGUUGGUGGUGGUUCGGCCAGUUUGGGCGGUGGCGAUCUUGAAAGUCUCUCCGAAUACGAAACGAAGAGUUUGCACGACGAUGCCUUUGCCGGCUACAAGGAUAUACGUUGCGGUUCGGCCACUUCGACUAUACGUUCGUCGAAGGGCACGGUGCGCGGCGUCAAGAAUCGUGUGCGCAAUGGAAUAGCCACAUUCUUGCAGUUGCAGCAGCCAAAUGUAAAGAAUUUCAAGGAAAAGGAUGCCGGCAAGGUGGUGCUCUACACCACGAGUAUGGGUAUUAUACGUGACACAUAUGCCAAAUGUGCGAAUGUCAAGCAGAUAUUGCGUACGCUGCUUGUGAAAUUCGAAGAACGAGAUGUCUUCAUGAGCAUUGAGUAUCAGCAAGAGAUAAAGGAGCGAAUGCACUCGGAAGCGAUAAAAGUACCUCAACUCUUUGUGGAAGGCCAACACAUUGGUGAUGCUGACACUGUGGAACGGCUGAAUGAAUCCGGUGAACUGCGUCAGCUGCUCAAACCAUACAAGUCAAUUGCCACGACAUUCACGUGUCAAACAUGCGGCGGCUACCGCCUACUGCCAUGCCCCUCGUGUAAUGGCUCGAAAAAAUCGGUGCAUCGAAAUCACUUCACGGCCGAAUUUGUGGCACUGAAAUGCAUGAAUUGCGACGAAGUUGGGCUGGUGAAAUGUCACAAUUGCUAAGCAAAUGCACGACGUUGCAAGCGACUGUGUCCGAAGUUGAAGAGCAGCAAUGCGAAACUUGAUUGACAGCUACUCAUGCGGGCGGGCCAAUAUGUUGAGCGGACAUUUAACGUUUUUCAUAUGGGCCUUAUCGUUUUUAUUGGACGUAUGUGUGUUUAUAGGCGUAAUCUCUAACUACAUAUAUAUAGAAAUAAUUAGCUUAAGCAACGAAAGAGUCAUUUGAUAUAUAAUUUUGCAUAUUUUGUACUUGAUUUUACUUUAUAGAUUUUAUUUUGUAUAAUUAAUUUUACUUUAAAGAUGUAAUUAGCGAUGUUUGAUUGCCAAGCAAAUUUGUUUUCGGAUAUUGUCUUUACUUUUUCUUUAUUUUAAAAGUGCAGCCAUGAACUUAAUUUUGGAAAACAAAAGCAAUCAAUUCGUCAUUGAUGGCCUUAGCAAUUUUUUUUUUUGAAAUUUGAUUUUAUUAUAUUUUUACUGCCCAAUUAACUCGCUAUAUAUUUACAUAUGUAAAUUUAUUAUAUAUAUACAAUACAUGUAAUUAAAAGUGUGCAUGUGAAAAGUAGAUUCGAUUUGAUUGACGGUCACGAGCGUUUACGAAUUUAUUGUUUAUCGUCGUUUGUUUGUGCGGCAAAUGUGACGGUUGUGAUAAUUUAAAACAGAUAUUCAAAUAAAACAAUAAUAAAAGUAAAAAAAUAAAUAAAUAAAUAAAAGAUUAAGCAACGAAGGCAAAGCAGUUAAGAUAAAUUGAGUUAUUGAGCUGGAAAUAAUAUGAUUUACCUAUACAUAUG